AUGGGAGAUCGCAUUGAAAGAGAACACAGUGAAGCAAGCGUAAUGGAAUUCAUCCUUCUCGGCUUCUCUGGCUCUCCGAAUUUUCAGAUGUUCAUCUUCAUUCUCUUUUUUGUAAUGUACAUCCUGACAAUAAUUGGAAAUUUGUCCAUCAUCAUUCUAGUGAUUACAAACCGUCGGCUGCAUACUCCCAUGUACCUCUUCUUAUGCAAUCUCUCUUUCCUAGAGAUAUGGUACACGACAGCCUCCAUCCCAAAAAUUCUUGCUAUUUUUCUAGGGAAGAGCAGAAGCAUUUCUUUUGCUAGCUGCGUUCUGCAGAUGUACUUUAUUUUUUCCUUUGGGUGCACAGAACAUUUCUUGAUAGCUGUCAUGGCCUAUGAUCGCUAUCUGGCCAUAUGUUAUCCCCUGCACUACAACACCAUCAUGGACAUGAGCCUCUCUAGAAAGCUGGCACUUGGCUGUUGGUUGAGCGGAUUUCUUGUUAUUUGUGUACCAGCCUAUCUGAUGACAACACUAUCCUUCUGUCGAUCCAAUGUGAUUGACAACUUCUACUGCAAUAUUGAUUCUUGGAUAGUUCUCUCCUGCACUGACACUCAUUUCAUUGAAAUUACAGCAUUUUGCAUAGCGAUUUUUGUCAUUGUGGGCUCAUGUGUGAUAACGCUUCUUUCCUACAUGUACAUUAUAUCCACCAUCAUGCGCAUCUCUUCCAGCAAAGGGAGGCAAAAAACAUUUUCUACAUGCUCUUCCCAUCUUGCUGUUGUGGUGAUUUGGUAUAGCUCCACUAUCUUUCUCUUUGUUAAGCCUUCUAAACAGACAUCUUUAGAAAGGACCAAAGUGGUGAGCAUCUUCAACCUCAUUGUGGUUCCACUAUUGAAUCCUUUCAUCUACACCCUAAGAAACAAGGAAGUGAAAGAGGCAUUGAGAAGCUCACUGCACAGAGGAUGA